AUGAAGUCCGGGCCGGCCGGCAAGAUGAAGCAGUACCGGUUAUGUCGAGGUUCCAACUGGCCGAAGAACAUUCAUUGGCUAAUGCCAUGGUCGUGGUCUCCAGUACCUAAUUACCAGAAACGUCCAGCGAAGAAGCUAAUUAUUAGAGAAAACUCAUGUGCCAUGAAGGAGUCAUUGCUUGCCGGAGAUCAUCAGCUGUCCGAUGGCAGGAGUACUAGUACCACUACUGGAGUGCAAGUAAUUCCUAAGGGGUUCUUGGCAGUGUAUGUUGGGACGACAGAGCUUAGGAGGUGUGUGAUUCCAACGAGCUACUUGUCGAUGCCGGAUUUUAGGAUUUUAAUGGAGAAGGCGGCUGAUGAAUAUGGGUAUGAGCAAGAGGGAGGGCUUAGACUUCCUUGUGAGGAAGAAGAUUUUAAGAAGAUAUUAUUGAAAUGUUAG